AUGGAAGCUGCCGAGGGAAAAGAAAACCUCUUCCGAACGGAGCGCCUUCUGUUCCGCGGCGUUGAGGGAAGCGAUGUGGCCUUCAUCCACGAGAUGGAAAGCGACCCCGUCAACCAUGUUCUCUCGUACCCGACCCUGUUGGUGCCGCCCAGUACGCAGUCCUCGGCCGGCAUGGUUGCGAUGCUUGAGAAGUCGCUUCUGUCCCUCAUUGUCUGCCUCCGUCCAGGCUCCGAUGGAGGUGCAGAAUCUUCCGACCCGCAGGAACCCAACGGCAUAAGGCACGCAGAGGAUCGCAAAGCCACGGCCUACAUUCAGCAACUGAGAGAAGACCCGAUCCCGGUUGGCUACCUGUGCAUCAACCUGGGAGACCACGCGCUGCCGUUCGAUUUGAGGCACAAUGGCAACGCCAGGCUGGGCAUCAUGAUCGCCACCCGGUUCCAGAACAAAGGAUACGGCACCGAGGCGACCAAGUGGGCGAUCGACUGGACUUUCCGCUUCGCGCGGAUGCACAGCGUGAGGGUCGAAAGCAUCGGUUACAACCAUCGAGCCCACGCCGUUUACCGAAAGCUGGGGUUGAAGGUCGAUGGGCGACUGAGGGAGGCGCACUACCACGACCGAAAGUGGCACGAUGUGGUGUGCAUGUCUAUUCUAGAGACAGAGUGGGAGAAUAUGCAGUCCUUGGAGCAUAAGUCUAACUGA